AUGUCCGAAAAAAGAGCCUUUAGCGAAAUUAAUGUUGAACGCUUUGAAAGCGAACCUUCCAUUGCUGUGGGGAGCUUUUUCAAAGGAGUGCGAGUUCCAAAGCGCACAAAAUUUGAGCUCUACAGGAACAAGAAGUCUGCCGACAAAUACAUGAUCCAUGGUGAAAAUGACAGGAUCGAGUAUUCCGGAAGCACCGAUGAUGACUCUAGUGCAAGUAGCCAGUACGUUGUUGGCAUCUAUGACCCUUCGAAGCGCAGUGUCCAGCUGUACAAGGCCCCCGUCAUAGCCACCAAAGUGGCCUCAAAAUCCAAAAAAGACCUCUCAGGUCCUGAGAUCAAGCAGAACAACCUCCGUGCAUCCGCGCUUCGUAAUGCCCUUGGUGAGGCUUUCGGUACCAAAAAGGCCAAGAAGGCCAUUGCCGACAUCGAGCGGAAUCGUAUCGAUUCUGAUAAGCUAGUGGAGGCCGCUGUCGAUAUCGUGGACUCUGUGAAAACAGCUUCCAAGGACCUCCCCACAAGACAGGAAUUGCAACAGGUGUCGUCUCAGGAUAGGACAACCCCUCAAGCCAAUGUCGACGCGACGGACGUUGAGCAAAUUUAUCCAAUCCACAACAUAAUACCGAAGAAGGAGUGGCAGUUUAUUCGCGUAGGACCAGUCCUCAAAGAGACCGAUGACCAAAAGAGGCUCGAACUUUUUCCUUUCACGAAGUCCCAGUAUGUUUCUAAGAAGCUUCCAACAUUGACACAAGCUGCGCAAAUGACCAAACUGCAACUACUGUAUUACGUCUCGCUUCUUCUCGGCGUUUACGAAAACAGAAGGGUUAGUGACAAGGCCAAGCUUCUCGAGCAUCUGAAUGCUCCACCAGAGGUCCUGGUUGAUGGGAUUCUCGAUAGAUUCACUAUUGUCAGACCAGGUCAAUACGGUCGCUCAAAAGAGCGUGGGUUUUUCAUCGACCCUCAGAGAGAGGACAAGCUCCUGUGCUACAUUCUAGCCAUCAUUUUGCAUCUGGACAAUUUCAUCGUUGAGAUCUCACCGCUAGCUCAAGAGCUAGGACUGAAGCCUUCCAAGAUUGUCAACCUUUUCAAGAAUUUAGGAGCUAUUGUUAAGGGAGCCACUGUAUCCCAGGCAGAAGCUUUCGGCAUUCCAAAGAGCGCCGCCUCGACCUAUAAAAUCGCAACAAUGAAAGUGCCUUUCAAAAUUCCUGAGAUGAGCAGAAGAUCUGGAGUCCCCAGGCGCUGA